CUGGGGGACCCCAAGCAAAUACCAGGGACACUGUCUGCCUGCACUAAGACACUCCAGAGGAGACAACUGAGUGGAGGGCUCCAUACCUUUCUGGUCUUCUGCACUGCACAUAAAAAGAGUGGGCCACCAUGAGAUUUAUUUUCUAUCUGAGUGUCCUUGCUGGGAUGGCUUUCUUUGCUCACUCCUCUGAGCAGAAAGAAGACUCUGCCCCCUACUUGGCGUACCUCAAGUCUCACUUCAACCCCUGUGUGGGUGUCCUCAUCAAAACCAGCUGGGUGCUGGCCCCAGCUCACUGCUACUUACCAAAUCUGAAAGUGAUGCUGGGAAACUUCAAGAGCAGAAUCAGAGAUGGAACAGAGCAGACGAUUAACCCCAUUCAGAUUAUCCGCUACUGGAACUAUAAUGACAGUGCCCCACAGGAUGACAUCAUGCUCAUUAAACUGGCUAAGCCAGCCACCCUCAACCGAAAAGUCCAGGUCCUCCCCCUUGCUUCAAGGAAUGUCUUGCCAGGCACUGUCUGCCUGCUGUCAGGUUUAGACUGGAGCCAGAGAAACAGUGGCAGGCAUCCUGACCUAAGGCAGAACCUGGAGGGCCCUGUGAUGACUGACAAAACCUGCCAGGAAACUGAACAAGGAAGAACCCACAGGAAUUCUUUUUGUAUUAAAUUUGUGAAAGAAUUCAGCCGACUCUUUGGGGAAGUGGCUGUCGCUACUGUAAUCUGCAAUAACAAGCUCCAAGGGAUCGAGGUUGGACACUUCAUGGGAGGGGAUGUCGGCAUCUACACCAAUGUUUACAAGUAUAUAUCCUGGAUCGAGGAUAUCACUAAGGAGAAGAAAAACUAAUACCCUACAACUCUCUCUGCAUCCUACUGUGUAUUCACUGACUACA